AUGAAUUUACUCAAAAUCUUCCUGGCGCUCGCCAUUGCCGCCGGUGCAGUGCUCACCUACCACUUCGCCUACUUCCUCGGGCUCAUCACGUAUGGCGUGGCUGUGUGCGGUGUGUGCAACUGGUGGAUGAACGCCUUCAUGCAGGCAGGCCCACGUACUUCACGACAAAUUCCUCAGCACCCCAUCGCGUACUGCCAGCAGCUUUCCGCAUUGGAACUCAGCAAAGCUUACCGUGAGGGGCGGCUCAGCUGCGUCGAGGUCGUCAGCACCUUCAUUGAGCACAUCAAGUCCGUGAACCCGUACAUGAACGCGUUGGUCUUCGACUGCUUCGACGAGGCCAUGAAAGCGGCUGUCGAAGCGGACCGCGUUUGGUCCGCUUGGCGGGAGCACAAGGACCCGAAGCGUAUUCCCAGCUGGUUACUCGGCGUGCCGUGCACUAUCAAGGAGUCCAUGAAGUGCCGCGGCUGCCCCAACACAGCUGGCAACCCGAAACGCCGUCAAAUAACAUCCGAGGUCGACAGCCCGGUCGUGAAAAACUUCCGGGACGCUGGCGCCAUCAUCCUCGGCGUCACCAACACCAGCGAGCUGUGCAUGUGGUACGAGAGCUCCAACUACAUGUACGGCAUCACCAGCAACCCCUACGACACUCGCUGCCUCGUAGGGGGCAGCAGCGGCGGCGAGGGAGCCGCUGCCGGCGCGGCCUUCUCCACCUUUAGCCUUGGCAGCGACAUUGGCGGCUCCAUCCGCAUGCCAGCCUUUUUCAACGGCGUCUAUGGACACAAAGCAAGCCCGCACUACAUCACCAACAUUGGCCAGUUUCCAGCUGCCAAAACGUCAGCGAACCACUACAUGACCACAGGCCCUAUCUCCCGCUUUCCGGAGGAUCUCAUCCCGCUGUCGCAGAUCGCUGCACGUGGGGGCUUCCGGCUCGACCCGGUCGUCUACCCACCGUGCUCGCCGCUCAAGAAGGUGCUUGACCUCCACCACCACCCGCUGCGCGUCUACGCGCUAGAAGACUACGGCCUCUCGUUCGUUCGGGUGUCGGAGAGCCAAAUCGAGGCCGUGCACGCGGCAGCAGAAGCGCUUCGCGAGCGCUACUGCGCCAAGGUGACGUACAUCAAUGUCCGCACGCCGUCGCGCUCAACCGGCGGGGUCGUACCGCCGGAGUUUCAGCCAUUUUCCAACACCUUAUCCAUGUGGGCGUCGGCGCUGACCAAGGAUCCGACAGAGUCGAAGUUCAGCCUGUGCAUGUCGCAGGGCCACAUGGGAAGCAUCAGCUGGUGUGCCGAGGUGGUGCGCUGGCUGUUCGGCCGCUCACACCACACGCUGCCUGCCAUCGCGCUAUGCACGCUGGAGACGCUGGAUCUGGCCUUGCCGCAAUGGUUGAAGGCCAAACGCGAGGAGGGGCUGCUCCCCUUCAAAGUGGGACUGGAGUCGCUUCUGGGCGUCGACGGCAUCAUUAUCGCUCCAACGUUUCCGUCGGCUGCGCCGCGCCAUCAUUUCCCGCUGUGGUGCCCAUUUCAGUUUCAGUACACCGCCGUCUUCAACGUCCUACAGCUGCCGGCGACCGCCUGCCCCGUCUGGCCUGGUGCCUUCAUGGCCAACAGACGUAAAAGCGUCUCCAUCCACGAGAAGCGCUGCCAGAAGCUACCGCCCGACUUCCACCUCCCCAAGGGUGUGCAGGUGGUGUCUGCGACAGACCAGGAUGAGCUCUGCAUCAGCGUGGCAAUUGCCCUCAAGGACGCUCUUGGCGGCUACCGCUACCCCUCAUGGGCGAUGCUCGAGGGCACUGACUACUAA